UCAGGAUGACAUCACAUGACCCGGGGAUUAACGGGCUUUGGGAAUAUAAGGGGGGCAGGAGGGAAAAUUGCAUCAGAGUUCUUCUGGAGUGGGAGAGAACACCAGCCGCUGUCAGCGUCUGUGGGACGCCUGCAGGGUGCAGCUGAAAACGAUCGCCCGGGCAAAGUCUCCGAGGCGGGCAUCUUCCCCAACCCCCAUCGUGCAGCUGGAAAGAGCAAGGAGGACAUGGCUGCACAGGCGAAAGGCAAACCACACCGAGACUACAACUCGCUCUUCUCGGCACGCGCCUACCUGGAGAGGUACUACGAGCCGCUGCACGUUGGCGACAACGGCGUGGAGGAGGUGGCUAUGUUCAACAUGCAGUGUCUGCACGAGGCCUACAUCAAGGGGCCCGUGUCGGGGACCAGGAUGCUGGAUGUGGGCUGCGGCCCCAUCAUCUACCAGCUGCUCUUCGCCUGCGACAGCAUCUCAGAGAUCACCAUGGCCGACUUCACGCCCGCCAACCGCCGCGAGGUGGAGCUGUGGCGUGCAGACGAUCCCAGCGCCUACAACUGGGACUCGUACAUCCGCUACGCCUGCCACCUGCAGGGGACCCAAGGACAGGAGAAGGCGAGGGCAGAGAGGCUGCGGCGUGCGAUCAAGCACGUGCUGCCCUGUGACGUCUUGCAGAGCAACAUCGUCCACCCCGAGCAGCCGGCGCCGUUCGAUGUCGUGCAGUCGUCCUUCUGCCUGGAGUGCGCGUGCGACACGGAGCUCAGCUUCCGUGCGGCGCUCCGCAACGUGGCCGCGCUGCUGGUGUCCGGCGGGUGGUUCCUGCUCAUCGGGGCCCUGGGCCAAACGGUCUACUGCGUGGCGGAGCAGAGCUUCGCCGCGCUGCCCCUGAGCGAGGAUGCGGUGCGCGCUGCCGUGCACGCAGCGGGCUUGCAGGUGCACACGUUCCGCGUGCUCCCGCGACCCCAAAGCCUCGAGGAUGACCUCAGUGACCUGAGUGGCUUCUUCUUCCUUCUGGCCAAGAAGGGAUAGUCGAAGGGGCAUCCUGACGGGAAUGUGUUGUUCCGUUGCUACCGAUUUGUAAAAUGCAUGCAUGAGGCCAAUGCAUUAAAAAAAUGCGGAUGGAUUAUGAAACUGCGGUCUGAGCUUCGUUUUCGUGUUGCUUGAUGAUGUCUCUUCAAACUGCUUGUGGGGUAUUUGUUUAGAUAAGCAUUGGUUUACGGAUUAGUUGCUGCAGCAACUACCACAAUUCUGCCGAGAAUUGACAACGCGUGAUUAAACACUCAACAAGCUAAA